UUUGCAGAUGACACCACUGGUAAGCAAGAAGAUGGACCAAUUUCUGGACAUGCAGAAUCUGCUCAUCCUUUGCAAGAUGCUCCCCAGGAGAACAGACCUGUCAACAGUGAAGACCGAGAGAUGUCACAACACGCCCUUCCCAGUGGUGAGGAUGAUGAGGACGACAGCGACAGUGACAGUGAUGAUGAUGACGUGAAAGUGACCAUUGGCAACAUUAAAACAGGAGCACCAUCCUACAUGGGAACUCCUAUGAAUCUAAACUUAAAAACGGGUAGAGGCUAUGGAGCAUCUGCUUCAGCCAAGUUGCAGCCCAAAGGUAUUGACUUGGAUGCUGCAGGGAAUAUAAAUGGAUUGCCUGUGAUAGAAGUGGAUUUAGAUUCAUUUGAAGACAAACCGUGGCGGAAACCAGGUGCUGAUCUUUCUGAUUACUUUAAUUAUGGAUUCAAUGAAGAAACAUGGAAGGCUUAUUGUGAAAAGCAGCGACGUCUCCAGCUGGGGCUGGACCCUGCUCCUCCCAUCAGCACUGAGAACAAGAUCACGGUUCAGCAAGGAAGAACAGGAAAUGCUGAAAAAGAAGUGGAAAACAACAUCAUCAAAACAGAAUUCAAAACAGACUUCUUGGCUCUGGUGGGAGGACGCAUGAAAGCUGGCCCUCCUCCCAACAGGAAGCUGGGUGGGACGAUUGAUGUGAUUGGGGGCCAGGCAGGCACCAUCAGGAGAGUGGAAGGCAGACGCCGGGAUAAGCACGCCUCGGAGGAGAACCCAAUCCAGGUCCUUGGAGACCACGGAAGUAAGCCACAACCCCCCCAGCAGCCCCAGCAGCCAUCACAGCCCCAACAGCCACCUCAGCAACAGCCGUUUGCACCACCAGCAGGCCCACCGCCUCCCCCGCUCGCUGGGCCUCCUCCACCACACUUCCUCCACCCUCCUCCUCCAGUUACUUCUGUUCCACCUCCCCUGCAUCCUCCAGGCCUGCCACCUCCAGGCCCUAUUCCAGGGCUGUUCCCGCCACCUCUGGCACCGCCACCAGCUCUCCUCAUCCCAACCUUGGAUGGCCAGCCAGCCAGCUACAACAACAGGCAGCCUCCUCCCUUUGGCUACAACUCUGCAGAUUCAGGUUUCAUCAGCUACCCACCCAUCUCCACGUCCCACACGCCCUGGGUGACCACAGUGGACAAGGGCACGAGCAGCUCCAGCAGCAGUCACUGGGAGUACUCGGGCUCGAGGCGCGAGCGGGAGCGGGACAGGGAGCGGGAACGGGAGAGGGAACGAGACCGGGACCGGGACCGCACCCCCACCACCAGUGAAUACAACAACGACGACGAGCGAUAUCGCUACUACAGUCGGGAGCGCAGCUACGACUUCGAGCGCGACUACCGGCGGAGCCGCGACCGCAGCAGGGAGCGCGAGGAGAGGCACCGCGAGCGCCGGCACAGGGACAAGGAGGAGAGCAGCAAGCACAAGUCCUCACGGCGCAAGCAGCACGAGAGUGAGGAGGGGGAGAGCCAUCGGCGCCACAAGCACAAAAAGAACAAGCGGAGCAAGGAGGAGAAGGAGGCCAGCGAGGAUGGAGCCCAGGAGGGCGAGGAGCAGGAUGCCAAGGAGUGACCCAGGCCCACCAUCAGGAGCUCACUCCUGUGGAACCAGCAUGGCAUCGGUGAUGUUUAGGAUGGGGAGGGUGAUUUUUUUUUUUUAAUUAUUAUUUUUUACUUUUUCCAAGGGAAGAGACUGCCUGGGCUGCCGUGACGCUGUGGCAGUGCUGUGGGAGCUGAGGCUGCACAUGCCCUUAAACUUCCUUUUUGGUUUUGUUUUUGAUACAAGACAAUACAGCAGUACUAGUUACGAAGCACUGAGCUACUCUACUCAUACACAUCCCUAGGGAGAACUGUGGUGUAUCAGAUCCUAUGGUUUCUGAUGGAAGAUGGCUUCAGCUGAAACUAACGCAAUUAGGUCAUAGUUUUUGGUUCUUUUUUUUGUCGUCAUCAUCAUCAUUCCUUUUUGAAAACUAGGACAGUAAGUGUGACUUGAAAUUUAUUGUCCAAAGAACAGUGUGACUUAGACCCCAAGAGCCAGCUUAGAGUCUGGUGUCUAGUAGUGAAAAGUCAUCCCCAAAUAAACUUCUUUAUAGCUACAAAAA